UACGGAGCAGCGGCGGACAUCCUGAUUGCGCUGUCCCCUGCCAGCCGCACAGUUCGGGUAGGUGCAAAAGCCAGGAACGUCAAGGAGAAGCAGGCACUGGAGCUGCAGAGAUGUCGCUCUCACUGACCAAGCGGGAUCUGGAUGAGCUGAAGCCAUGGGUGGAGAAGACCGUGAAGAGGGUGCUGGGCUUCUCGGAGCAGACGGUGGUGACUGCUGCCCUCAACUGCGUAGGCAAGGGGAUGGACAAGAAGAAAACCGUGGAGCACCUGAAGCCUUUCCUGGAUGAUUCAACAGUGCGGUUCGUGGACAAGCUGUUCGAGGCGGUGGAGGAAGGCCGUAACUCCCGGCACUCCAAAUCCAGCAGCGAGAAACACAGGAAGCGGGAACUGAAGGAAGUCUUCGGCGAAGACUCGGAAGUCACCCGGGAAUUGUCGGCCAAGAGGAAACGGAUCCCAAGGUUCGAGGAGGUGGAGGAGAACGAAAUCAUCCCAGGUCCCCCCACUGAGAGCCCUGGGAUGCUCACAAAGAUUCAGAUCAAGCAGAUGAUGGAAGCUGCAACGAAACAGAUCGAGGAGCGGAAGAGGCAGCUGAGUCUGAUCACUCCCUCCUUUCCUCAGCGGGUCUCGGCUCCAGCCCUCUCGGCCGACCUCCCCCCAAUGGGGCAGACUAUUCAGCCGUCCCAGGCUGCCUCGUUCAUGAACGACGCCAUCGAGAAGGCGAAGAAGGCGGCGGAACUGCAGGCACGCAUCCAGACGCAGCUCUCGCUGAAGCCCGGCCUGCUACAGAGCACCAACCUGGUGGGACUGGCCAACCUGCACGCCAUGGGCAUCGCCCCUCCGAAGGUGGAGUCGAAGGAGCACCUGAAGCCGACGCCGCUGAUCCUGGACGACCAGGGCCGGACGGUGGACGCCACGGGCAAGGAGGUGGAGCUGACGCACCGCAUGCCCACGUUGAAGGCCAACAUCCGGGCGGUGAAGCGGGAGCAGUUCAAACAGCUGUUGCUGAAGGAGAAGCCUUCCGACGACCUGGAGUCCAACAACUUCUACGAUCCCCGCGUGGCCAUGGUGCCCGCCCAGCGGCAGAAGAGGCUCUUCCGGUUCCACGAGAGGGGCAAGUUCGAGAAGAUCGCCCAGAGGAUACGGACAAAGGCUCAGCUGGAGAAACUACAGACCGAGAUCGCCCAGGCGGCCAAGAAGACAGGGAUCCAGGCGUCGACCAAGCUGGCCCUGAUCGCGCCCAAGAAGGAGCUGAGGGAAGGCGACGUGCCGGAGAUCGAGUGGUGGGACUCCUACAUCAUCCACGGUGGUGUUGAACUGACUGCAGAGAACUUGGCCAGCGAACACACCUUUCACGGAAUCACUAACCUCGUGGAGCAUCCGACCCAGAUCAGCCCUCCAGUCGACACAGACAAGCCUGUAACCCUCGGGGUCUACCUGACCAAGAAGGAGCAGAAGAAAUUACGGCGGCAGACCCGGAGGGAGGGACUGAAGGAGCUACAGGAGAAGAUCCGAUUGGGGCUGGUACCUCCUCCCGAGCCGAAGGUGCGAAUCUCCAACCUGAUGCGAGUACUCGGUACAGAGGCUGUGCAGGACCCCACCAAGGUCGAGGCGCAUGUCAGGGCCCAGAUGGCCAAGAGGCUGAAGGCUCACCAGGAUGCCAACAGCGCCCGGAAACUGACAGCAGACCAGCGACGCGAGAAGAAGAUGAAGAAACUGAAGGAGGACCUGUCCCAGGGGGCCCACAUCGCCGUCUACCGGAUCCGAAACCUGAGCAACUCCGCCAAGAAGUUCAAAGUCGAGACGAAUGCAGCACAGCUGUACCUCACGGGGACGGUAGUCCUGCACAAGGAUGUCAACGUGGUGGUGGUGGAGGGAGGUCCAAAAGCUCAGAAGAAGUUCAAGCGACUGAUGCUGCACCGUAUAAAGUGGUCGGAGCAGACGGCCAGUUCCCGUGACGAUGACGAGGAAGGGUCUGAUGACGAUGCGGUGAAGAGGGUGAACAAGUGUGUGCUGGUCUGGGAGGGAACGGCGAAGGAGAGGAGCUUUGGGGAGAUGAAGUUUAAACAGUGCCCCACAGAGAGCAUGGCACGCGAGCACUUCAAAAAGCACGGCGUGGAGCAGUACUGGGACCUGGCCAUCAGCGAGUCGGUGCUGGAGGUCACCGAGGACUGAGGGGGCUGCCCGGCACCAUCGCACCUGCCGCGGGUUUGCUGGGGGGGGGCUCUGAGGGGAUGCAGACAAUUCUCAGCGGGAGGCGGCUUUCAAAUGGAGCAGGAGCAGCAGCCCGUGGAGCUCAGCGCUCUCCCCACCGGUGGACGCCGCUCGCGCUGGACGAAGGGUUCCCGCAUGCCGGGAAGGUACGCGUUGAAAGGAAAGCAGGCUGUCUGCGGAGGUCCGGCAGGAGGGAGAGCCCGCUGACUGCGUCAGGAAAGUGGAGUACGCGUGCUCCAGGACUGGGUCGCCAACACUGCAGCCCGGUCUUCUCGCCAGCUCGAUGUCUGGUCACUGAUCAUGGCAGAUCCAGGUGUUAAAACUUACGUUCUCUUCCCUGCAUCCUACCGUGUUCCUCCGCCUCACUCUUGUCCCUCCCCUCCCCUCCCCUCUCUCCAAAUAAACUCUGCCUGGGUUCUUUUUAUUUUAAGUCGCGAGGAAGGGGUUGUUGCCGCUAGUGAAGGUUCAUCAGGAUAUCUUCGGCGUGCCUCGCGCUGCCCGCGUAGGGGCUGUGUAACUCGAGUCUCGUGCUGAUUGUGUUUGGGCUGCGUAAUGCAGGCAUUGCACGGAUUGCGUUUCAAGCCUUGCACUGAUGUGUAGUGUGUUUGGGCGGUGUAAGGCAAGCCUCCAGUCGAUCACGUUUGAGGUGCAUAACGCAAGCCUUGCACCGAUCACCUGCUCUGCAUUUAACGUCUGCCGGCGUGACACUGUGCUCCGUGCGUCGAACGAGUGGGUUUUCUGCGUCUGCGCAUCUGGCAUACAGAACCCUCCCAGGAAACGGGCCUUGCGUUAAAGGGACAUUUGGAACAUCCCCUACCCACCCCGUCACAGCCCCCCUCCCCCACCUCCUCCCCUUCACGGCCCCCCUCCCCUCCUCUCCUCCUCCUCCCCUACACGGCACCCCUCCCCUCGUCCUCUCUUCACGGCCCCCCUCCCCUCGUCCUCCCCCAGGGCCCCCCCUCCCCUCGUCCUCCCCUCACGGCCCCCCUCCCCUCGUCCUCCCCUCACGUCCCCCCCUCCCCUCGUCCUCCCCUCACGGCCCCCCUCCUCUCAUCCUCCCCUACACGGCCCCCUCCUCCUCCCCGUCAC